GAGUGGAAUUAGAGCGUGAAGGCUUUGAGGACGUGGCUUGGAGCUGCGUCUGGAGCAGCUCGACUUUCUCUCCCCUUCCCCCACUUUUCCGCUUUCAACUUUCCGGGGCGAGUCGACUUUUCCAACACCCCCUUUCUUCUCCAUUCGGGAAACCAGCGUGGGACCACAUGGCGUAUCCCCCUGGCUAUGGGGGGCCAGGCUCCAAGCACAGGGCCAGAGGCCCAAUGGUCCCACAGAACCCCGGUGCCCCCCAGCUCUUUGAUGACACCAGCUCGGCCUACGGACCCCAAAAAGGGGGCUACCCUGCUCCAGGGAUCGACAUGGGCUUCAAUCAGAUUUUUGCCGAUCCAGUGGCCAACGUCGCUAUGGCUUACGGCUCCAGCAUCGCGUCACAGAGCAAGGAGAUUGUGCAUAAGGAGAUUGACAGGUUCAUGUCGAUCAACAAGCUGAAGUAUUUCUUCGCGGUGGACACGACCUACGUCAUGAAGAAGCUGGCACUGCUGGUGUUUCCUUACGUCCAUCAGAACUGGGAAGUCCGCUACCACAGAGACACGCCGCUCCCGCCCCGUCAGGACGUCAAUGCCCCCGACCUCUACAUCCCGAGUAUGGCCUUUAUUACCUACAUUCUGCUGGCUGGAAUGGCUCUCGGCCUGCAAAAAAGGUUCUCCCCAGAGGUCCUGGGUAUGUGUGCCAGCACUGCCUUCGUGUGGGUGGUCAUCGAAGUCCUGGCCCUCCUCCUGGGCUUGUACCUCAGCACGGUUCAGAGCGACCUCGGCACGUUUGACUUGGUUGCUUACUGCGGCUACAAAUACGUGGGGAUGAUCCUUGCAGUGGUCGGGGGCCUGAUCUUUGGAAGCAACGGCUAUUACAUUGCCUUGGCGUGGGCCUCAUGUGCUCUUAUGUAUUUCAUGGUUCGCUCCUUACGGAUGAAGAUCCUCCCGUCGGUGGUGCAGGAGGGGCUCAGCCGGCCCAGCGGGCGGGCCCAGAUGUACAUCACCCUGGCGGCUGCCGCCUUUCAGCCGCUCAUCCUCUACUGGCUGACGGUGCAGCUGGUGCAUUGAGCGGGGCGGGGGAGAGGUGACGGAGAGCGGGGAGAGGCUCUGUCCGCACGGUGCCGAUGCUCGGGGAGGAGCCUGUUUGCGAAGAACCUCUUGCUGCCCUCCCGGUUUCUGAAAAGAGCAGGAAGACUUGACACUCCACUGCCCCUGAAGUCAGCAGAUAAGGGCAAACCAGGGGUGGGGGGUGGGGGUCUGUGCUUCUCUCCCUCCCCCCAGGAAUGAUACCGAAUCAAGAGGGGUCUUGGUUCGCUUAGCACUCCACUGCCGCCCUGCCUAGGACGAGAGCGGAAGAGGGAAAACGAUGGUCAAGAAUCCUGCAGGUGGGGGGUUGGUUGGUUGGGGAGCAGUCAUUCUGUUUAGGCUGUUUUGCAUUAGGGCUCGAACGGGGAAGCCGCGGGAGAACAACCUGUGCUCGAUCUCAUGCAGAUAAGCAGGUGCCUCUGCAAACCGCUUGAGAGCCGAGUCGCUGGUGUCGUGCGUUUUUGCCUUUUGGAACAAAGUGCCCUUUCUCGUUUCCCCCCUCCCCGUGGGCCGCCGGUUCCUCCGCUUGGUUGUCCCAGUUUCCGCCCCGGAGAGAGGCAGCGUUGGCCGGGGUCCACAGAGCCACCGAUUGUUCUUUGGCAUUUUGCCUCGCGGCAGUUCGUCCUCAGACUGUACUUCCAGAGCUGUGACCUUUUGUGCUCCUUCCCUCCUCCUCCUUUGUUAUCCUUUAUAAAUAUAUAUAUUUAGA